AUGGUUUCCGACCAUCACAACCAUCAAACAAACGAACCACAAGCCAUCAAUCCCAAAACCAUCCACAUCGACCCUGCAACUUCAACACCAACAGCCGCAUUAAUCGGUGGUGCAGCAGUGGUGGUAGCAGGAGUUAUCGAGCGAGUUCCACUUGACGCCGAUGUCGUUCUCGAAGCCGGUAUUUGUGUCGAUGUCGAUGUUGUUGUGCUGGACUCGAUCGCUUGGGAUGUUGAUGUCGACGAUGAUUGUGAUGGGUCAGAUGGAGAGGUAGAGCCAGAGGAGGUUGUGAUGGUUGUGAGUGUCGUUUGUGUCGUGCCCGUCGUCUGCAUCGCUGAAGAAGCAGAAGAUACAGCGGACGAAGACAUGGAGCUGACAGCCGAGGAAGCAACAGAGGACGCAGCAGAAGACACCGAGGCAAUGGAAGUUGAUAUCGAGUUGACAGCAGAAGAAGCCACGGAACCAACAUCGGUAGAAGAAGAAGCAGCAGAUAACGAAAUCAAACUGCCGCCACUACUCAACAGCGUCACGGUGGAUAGUCCACUGACCACCACUGUUGAAGCUGUGACUGUACUCUGCGCUCCGCUUCCACUAGCCACCGUCGUCUGCGCACUCAUCGUUGUCGGCAGCGGCGUAAACGAAAACGAAUACGUAGUCUUCGGAAUCAAACUCGAAGGAAAUGUAGCCAAAGCCGACGAAAGCACAGAUAAUGCAUUGGUGGUUUCUGGUGCUGCUUCGGUUGAUGGCAAAGUAGUUAUGGUGGUGAAUUGCGUCGUUGCGGUUGUUUGGAUGGGAAUGAUUACUGCUAAGGUCAGGGAGGGAGGGAUUGAGACUGUCGCUGUUGCGAAGAGUCAGUCAAAUCAUAGGGCAUAG